AGAUUCUCCAAAUACUUUGUGGGAGGAGCAUUGGAGAGUGUCUCAAACGUUGCCCUGAAUUUACGGUAACCGAGUUGAUAUUGUCACGUUGGCCAUUAUCGCUUUAUGUUCUCUUACCUGGAUUUCCCCCGAAUGUUUAGAAGGGGACAUUGUUAAAGAUUGAAUACAGAAAAGCCGCAGCACCACUCAGUAGGAAGGCAAUUGGACAGUUUGCGCUCAGAAAAGUCCGAUGAAUGGCUGAAGAUUCCCCUAUGAUUGAGGUAUCGAUUCCGUCGCUGGAGCGAGAGGUAGACGAGUCGGGGAAAUUGAGAAAGCUCUUCAGAGUUGAGAUAUUGUUCAAUGGAAGGAAACACUUUGUGCUCAGAAGACACAGUGAAUUCCAGACCCUUCACAGAAAGCUGAAGAAGAUUCUGCAUCCCCCAGACUUCCCCAGCAAGAGGAGCACCCAUCUGAGAACCAAGCCUCUUGAGCAGAGGAGGCAGCAGCUGGAGGACUACAUUCAGGAUAUAAUUUACCAGUAUGAAGAAGUCCCUCAGGUGCUGCUGGACUUCCUGCAUGUGAAACAUUUCCACUCUGGGAACAAAAUAAGCAGCCUUGAAUCAUUUGAUGAUAGUGACCCUCAGGGAUAUGGCUGUCAGCUGCAGCAUCAGCGUGUGGUGGGAUUCUGUCGUGACCCCUAUCUCCUGGAGUCCCCCUCAGAUCUGCCGGACAUCGUCACGGAUGGGGUCCUGCAGGGCUUGUACCCCCGAGACAUCCGUGUCAGCUUCACAGCCUGCACAAAACCCAGCCUCCCAGAGAGACCCAGUCUGGCUCCAGUGAUUCCCUCUAUAUAGUGGCAGCCCAUGCAGAAGUCCUGACACUAGGAUCUGUGGAUUUUAAAAUGGCCUUGAUAGUAAUUUGGAUGAAUGUCGUGUCUGAAUCAGCAACCAAUGGAGGCCCAUUUGCUUGUAUAGUACCAUACAAUAGAGAAAGUUUACAUUACUCUGGGUGCUUGACUAAAGUCACAGGCCAAUUGAAGAGGUUCUAGAAAGCAAUGUCAUAAGUUGGUGGUUCCUGUUGAUGAGUCCCCCAUGAACUGCCUUAGGUCAUUUUGAGUGACUUAUCGGUCACCUGCCAGCUCAAUGUCCAUAUGUUCCAGCUAUCCACAUGCAACAAUUUGAUUCUCACUAAUAGGGUGGCAGGUAGCCUAGUGGUUAGCAUGUCAGGCCAGUAAGUGAACGGUUGCUGGUUCGAAUCCCCGAGCUGACUGAAAUGCUGUGCCCUUGAGCAAGGGCUGCACCUAUCCAGUGUGGCAACAAACCAUUGGUUUAUGCAUGAAAGCAAUAGUCUGCCUGGAAUGAGUUUCACAAUCACUGGCAUUUCAUAUGUAAAUGUUUUUACAUGUUAAGCUUUAUAUUAAAAUGUAAUACAUGACCCAUGUUCAUAUAUAAAAAUGUU